CAGAGAGUGAGAAAACCUAGGCGUGCUAUGCGCCGCAUCGCACCCAAAAUCUCCCUCCGCCCCCCUCCGCCCUCAGUCAGACGCUCCGGCUGCCCCUCCCCCUGGCCCGCCUACUCCGCUCCUCCGCCGGCCACCAAGUUCUCCUGCUGGGACUGGGGACCCUAACUAAACCCGACGAGCCGUAAGAGCUCGCCGCUGCUGCCUCAGAUCGCCUCCGCUUGGUAAUGGCAGAGCUUUGCCGAGAGGAAGGUUCAUAAUUGAUAAGAUAUCAGAAAAGAUGGAAAACCAGGACGUCAUGCUGCCUCAAGACGUGCUUGCAGACGUCCUACGUCGUAUUGCACUACGCGACCUUGUCAUAUCCCGCUGUGUCUGCAAGGCCUGGUGCACCAUCAUCGAUGCUCGCCACCUAUUUCCAGCUGACCUCCUUCCACACUGGGUAGGCGGUAUAAUCAUCAAUUUCAACGACUUGAUGUUGUCAGAAUUCUUCUCUCGCCCAUCGACAGGCCCCUUGGUGUCUGGCAACCUCAACUACUUACCUUCCACAUCUGUCGUCAAGGACCAUUGCAAUGGCCUUCUCUUGCUUGAUGGCUACGUGGUUAACCCCGCUACAAGACAGUGGGCGGAGUUGCCACCGUGCCCAUCUCUGGGGCUGGAGUCUUUUGAAGGAGAGCACCUUGUAUUUGACCCAACCAUAUCUCCGCACUAUGAGGUGCUGGUAAUCCCCAUUUCUCCCAAGUUAGACCGUGAUGUCAAAUUGGAUCCCACUGUAGAGGAAUUAGAAUGGCCAGCAUCAUUAUGCAUGCUACAUGUGUUCUCGUCAAGGACAAAACGAUGGGAGGAGAGGCGCUUUGUUCGGGAAGGGGAGGCUGCUGGGACAAUUGCGGACAUGCGAUCGACUCGGCAAUAUUAUCAGAACCGUGCUGUCUACUGGCGAGGAUCACUUUACGUCCAUUUGCCAAGCCACUUUGUUAUGAGGAUAUCAUUGUCAAACAACAAGUAUCAAGUAAUUAAACCACCGAAAGGGAGAAGCACUCUAUUUGGGAAAGAUAUGCUUUAUAUAGGUAAGUCAGAGAAGGGGAUUUAUUGUGCACCUGUGGAUAACCCGGUCCGGGUAUGGAUCCUUGAUGAAUCGUGUGGGCAGUUGGAAUGGGUGUUGAGGCAUAACAUUUCCCUUCACGUUGACACUGACGAAAGCAGCAGACCCUGGACAUUACAGGAUGUUAACUAUUAUGAAGGCUAUGGUGAGGAUGCUAAAGAUGAAGCAAUAGCGCGGCAGAAAUUUGACUGGGAUUCUGACAGUGAUAAUCUUAUUGACCCCAAAAGCAUGGCUGAUGACGAGUCUCCUUGUUAUACUGGUAUACUUGGAUUCCAUCCUUUCAAAGAGGUUGUCUUCCUGUGUGUCGGAUUGCAAAGAGGGCUGGCAUACCAUUUAGAUAGCUCGAAGGUCCAAGAGUUGGGAAACAUAUUUCCCAAAUGUUAUGGCACAUCGAUUGGUAUCCAGCCAUUUAUAAAGGAGUCUUUCAUAUACACUCCUUGCUGGAUGGAAGAGUUUCCAUAGAGCAAUCAAUUUAACUCAUCUUCUCUUGUUGAUAAGCACAGCGUAUCUGAAUAAGAGAUCUAAUAGUCAACUUAUGUCUGAUUGAGUUUCUUCUGGUCUAUUGUAUGUCAAACAUUGACCGGUCAUAUCUAAGCCUCAUUGCUGCAAGUUUUUUGCGUUUCGAGUAACAUCAAUUAGUGUUUACAUA